AUGUACGGGCUGCUGUGUGAGAGCCUUCACGACUUCAUCAAGGAGUCGUACGGAGAAGAUGUGUGGAAGCUGGUCAGAGAGAGAGCAGAUGUCAGGUUACACUCUUUUGUCACCCACCAGGUGUAUAGUGAGAGUGUGAUUCCCCGUAUUGCAAAAGCUGCCAGUGGAGUGACAGGCACGCCCUACAACGAGCUGAUGAACUCCUGGGGUGUCUACUUCCUGGGCUUUGUUGGGAAAUACGGUUAUGACAGGAUCCUCAAGGUGCUGGGCCGCCAUGUUCGUGACUUUGUCAAUGGCCUUGAUAAUCUCCACGAGUACCUGCGCUUCAGCUACCCCAAGGUGCAGCCUCCAACCUUCUUCUGCCAGGAGGAGUCAGCCACUGGAGUCACCCUUCACUACAGGAGUAAACGCAAAGGCUACCUGCACUACGCCAUGGGUCAGCUGAGGCAGAUGGGGAAGCAGUUCUACGACACCGACAUCCAUGUGGAGGUGCUGUCUGAGCAGAUGGUCGGAGACUACUCCCAUGUCACCAUGAGGCUGAACUUUGACAACUCAGCCUAUCGCUACAUCAUGAAGGAGGAUGAGGAGGAGCAAGAAAUCUUGCCCAUGACCUCUGACUUCUUCUUUGAGGUCUUCCCCUUUAACAUUGUCUUCAGACAGGACAUGGUGGUGCAUAACGUUGGUUCGGGCUUGGCCACUGUCUUCCCUGAUCUGGAUGGGAAGAAGAUAAAUGAUGCCUUCUUGCUGGCUCGACCCCUUGUGGAAUUAUCCUGGAGCAUGAUCACUUCCCACCCCAACAACCUGUUUGAGAUCAUGUCCAAGGAACCUGUGAAAAGAGAGAGGAACCUUCACAACCGAGUCCAAAAUACAGACUAUGAAAAUGCCAAUCGCUCUGCUGACGUAGACGUGGAGCUCAUGGCUUUCCAGUCCAUCAUUGGAGAAGAUUACAAAGACGGCAACAGUGCUAAUGCGAUGGAGAGCUGGGGCGAUGGGAGCCGCUGCCUAAAACUAAAAGGACAAAUGAGAUACAUGCCAGAGUGGGAGUCCAUCAUCUUCCUGGGAACCCCUGUGAUGGAGAGUCUGAGUGCUAUGUUCAGGACCGGCCUGUACAUCAAUGACCUGAGCAUGCACGACUCCAGCAGAGAUCUGGUGCUGGCGGGCACGCAGCAGUCAGAGGAGCUGAAGAGAGCUCUCAUACAGGAGCAAAAGAAGUCCAGUAAACUGGAGGAGAGCAUGAAGAUGUUGGACUAUGAGAUGAAGAAGACUGAUGACCUGCUGUACAGGAUGAUUCCCAAGCCGGUGGCCAAGAGGCUGCGCAAAGGAGAGCCGUCUGUGAACACUUGUGAGGUGUUCCCAGAUGUGACCAUUCUUUUCAGCGAUGUCGUGGGAUUUACGCGCAUUUGCAGCCACAUCACUCCAAUGCAGGUGGUCUCCAUGCUAAACACCAUGUACACGCUGUUUGACACGCUCAGCGAGAAGCACCGCGUCUUCAAGGUCGAGACCAUCGGGGAUGCCUACAUGGUGGUAGCCGGGGCUCCGGAGAAGACAACGUAUCACGCUCACAACAUCUGUGACAUGGCCCUGGACAUGGUGCGCUCCAUAGAUCACCUGAAAGACCCCUCCAAUGGCAACCACAUACAGAUUCGUGUUGGGAUCCACUCUGGGAUGGUUGUGGCAGGUGUGGUGGGGCAUAAGAUGCCACGAUACGGUCUGCACGGUGACACAGUCCACACUGCAUCCGCCAUGGAGAGCAAUGGAAAGGAGAUGCACAUUCAGCUCACCAGCGCCACCUACGAGCACCUGAAAGGAAGUCACUUUAUUUUUGAAAGGAGGGGCACCAUUACUAUCAAGGGGAAUGUUGAAAUUGAGACCUACUGGCUGAAAGGAAAGAGGGACAAAGAUGGGAACGCUCAGGCGGCGUGUCCUCAGUUUGAGACCCAGACCAUCAGUAAGGUCAACAUAUCAAACCCUGAGGGCACAGGAGAUAAGGAGGGACUGGGCUCCCCACCGGUGGCAGGGCGAGACGAAAAUGAUGUGAAGUCUAUUCGCUCUCAUCGUAUCAAGAUGGAGAUUUCAGGCCAUCGUCUGAAGGAGUCGAUGGAGGAGUGCCAGGUGGAGGAGAUGUCUGUUCAUAAGAAUGCCUUGCAGGACGACCUCCAGGAAACUCACCUGCAACUGCACUCCCCCAAGUCUGAAGGCAGAAACUCCAUCUUGGAGUCCCCUGACAGCUCCUGUGACUCCAAGAGUGCCACAUGCUCUGUGUCAUGAGCCAAACAGACGCUCGCUGAUGCUAUAGCCAUUUGUAAAAGCUGUUUGAACAUAACACUUAAAUGCCAGAUAGGAAUGCAGUUUGUUGCUGAUAUUUUGGCCUCCUUGUGGUGAUGCCAUGACAAUCUCUAAUGAUGUAGUGUUUGUUCAUGGCCUAGUCUGUAAUGCUUGACAUUUCUAGUAGCCGUGCGUUGUGUUAUGUUGCAUUGCAAAAUCAUCAGUGUUUAUUUAGCUCUGACUCAACAGAAAUAAAUCUCAGCUAUCAUUGUUGACGAAUGCUUUAAUACCAAGAAGUGGUCACUGCCACAUGGUCCAGCUGGACACAAGCUCUGUAAUUUCCUGUUGGUGCUGCUGCACCUUGUAGAUUUGACAUCUUAUUUCAUCCUGGGAAGAAAUCCCUCU